AUGGAAGAAGCGAAGUUGCGCGCCAAGAUUCAGGCGAUGAAGAAUCUCUUGGAGGCCAAACAACAGAAAACAUUAUUUAAACCACCACAUAGUAAGCAUUUGGAGUUUAACAGCCAGAAUCAGCAGGGUCAUGUUGCUAGAGGGAGUGCAAAUAAGGUUUGGAGGCGUGAAGAUGCGUUAAAUAGAGAAAAAAAAUCCGCGUCGAUGAACAAGGCGUGGAAGAGACCGGUAAAAAUAUCAGCCAAUUACAGUAAAAGCAUGCAAUUGCAGGUGCUGCGGUUAGAAGACGGUGAUUACGCCAAAGCAAAGGGCGGGUACAGUCUUGUUCGGGCGGAAGCGAAGAAGCCAACGGUGACGAAUCCCUUUAUAGCUGUUGUCUCUGCAACACCUACACUAGCGUCUGAUGCGAAGAAAUCCGUUCAUAUCGGUGGUGUUAAGUAUAUUGCCUCGAACGAAGGAAAGAUACUGAAGCGUUGCUUCACAGAAACGCGAAUCGAAAGCAUCGCACGCAAACGAGGAUUACUAAGCAGAAAUGGAACACAUGGAGCUGUUCGUGCUGCCCUCAUUCGAGCAAAAGCCACCGUGCAACGCGCCCGAAACAAACGCUUCCAUACAAAUCAUUCAUUAGAACUUCGCACAGAAUACUGCUCUUUUUACAACCGUUUCGGCUACUGCAAAAACAAAAAUGAAUGCAAAUAUAUUCAUGACAGUCGGCGCGUAUCGAUGUGCAGAAAGUUUUUGAAAAACGAGUGCAAAGAUUCUCGGUGUCUGCUGUCGCAUCAACAUGACGAGAACAAAGUUCCGGACUGUAGAAUGUUUUUGCGCGGAGCUUGCACUCGAGAUAAUUGCAAAUACCGCCACGUCAAAGUGAGUGCAACAGCGGACAUUUGCAAAGCUUUUACGAAUGGAUUUUGCUUUGAGGGAGCUGCUUGCCCGUUGCGACAUGAGCUUCGUAUCAAGUCACCUAUGUUAUUUGCGUCAAGACAGAACACUGACAGCAAGAUGACAUCUGCAUCAGGUUUGUCAUCAAAAGCGUCUGCCUUGGUGGUUGGCGAUAACCCAAAAAUUCACGACGCGGACUUGCUGAUUCGGCCAAAUAUCCGGUUUGCUUCCAACAGCCAGUUAAAUAAAAAAUUCUUGUGUCAUAAUAUGAUUUUUUAA